CCUAUAUUUCAAGAUUAAUUUCAUUGACAGCUCACAACAUUUUCAUCUGUCGCAGGACUGCAGCAUAUUUUCCUAAAUAAUUAAUUAAUCGAACAAGUUUGAAUCAGUGCGAGCAUGCCGAGAUGAAAACUGCUUCCACCCGAGCCCGAAAAUGUCGAGCGACAGCGACUCCGAGAAGUUCUACGACGCCGAGGAUAUUACACCCAUUCAUGGCUCAAGAAAAAUCCGCAAGUCUUCACGCGACAGCCUCACACAUCGUGCGAGCUCCGAACCGAACGUCUCCGUGGUUCCCAAACCAGAGGAAUCACAAGCGUCAUCAUCCACACCGAAAAUAGAAGCGAAUUUCAUUGCACCAAAAGCAGUUUUGGGUGGCGGACGGCGGAAAUUCAAAGAACUACGUCAAAAACUCCAAAAUGACGAUGAAGAUACACCGUCGAAUCCAACACCACCCAACAGUCAGACAUCAUCCAUUGAGGGUGUCUAUGCUUCCUCAAACUCCAACAAAACCACGCAUCCCUUCCGGGUGAUUGAAUUGGACACUGUAAGCAUACAAAGUAUUAAUUCCAUUGGUCGUGUUGGCCGGCCAAUCAACGGUCCGGCAGCCGAAUGCGCACAAUCAUCAAACUCAGCACUUUCCACCAGUUCCGUAAGUUCUUCAACGCCUAGCUCAAAAGAAACAUCACAAUAUCCAAGCACUGCUACGCUUGCCACAUCAACGGUAACCACCACAACUGAAGUGGAAGUUGAAUCCGGUGUAACUCUACAGGAACCGGAUGUAAUCGCGAGCACGAAAAGCUCUGUCGUGAAAAGUUUAUCGGAUGAUGCGCCGGUUGCACCUCCGCGACGCAAGAAAAAGAACAAAGCCGCAUCACUUCCAAUCACACCAUCUACCAGUUCUGUUUUCGGCUCUGUUUUAAGCGGAGUGGAUAUUUCCAUGUCUAAUAAUUCAAAAUCCAGCACGAUUAAAUCCGUGCAUGGUUUGGAUAUUCGAGAAGUCACCAAAGGUAAGUUCGUAGUCAAACCGCAAGAUGUCCUGAGUAUCGAAGCGGAUAAAGACGGUAAAAAUACAAAAGAUAAAGAGAAAGCCUCACGGGGUUCGACAAAUCGCAGCUCAAUGGGGCAUUACUCACUCGGGCCGCAUCGCAAUGUAAAUAAACGCAACGCGCGAGAGAGGCGGAAAUCCGCCGGUGAUGAAAACAUGCUCAAAGGUAUGGAUAUUCACGUACGGACACGCACAGACUCCGGCAAACAUUUGACUGACUACGAAAUACUCCAGCAGGUAACCGUGUUGAAUCUAGACACUGGCGAACGCGUCCCGUUGAGUGUAGCUGAGGAUAAACUACCACAAUGUAUAAAUCCAUUGUCUUUGCAUAUCAUGCGAUUGACUUCCGAGUACGUGAGCAGUUCCAGCAUGGAUAAGGAUAAGGAGAGUGACGAUGAGAGUAUUAUGAGUAUGAAGAAGCUGGAUAAUCAACAGGAUGCCGAUGAUGAUGUGGAGAUUGACGUUGGUAGGAUGCGCAAGCGCACUGCUAAGAUAAAGAAGUUUUUGGGUUCGACUGUGAAGAAAACAAUGCAUAAGGCGAAGAGUAUCGCGCAGGAGGUGAGUCAUGCACGACACAAGGAAGAAGUUGUGGAUAUGUUGGACGAGGUGCAUCCCGGCGAGCAUAAUAUUAAGUUGAAGGCGGCGAAUAGUCAUAAAGGGCCGUAUGAUUUCGAAAGGAUGCAGCAUGUGCAAGAGUUGAAUAAUGAACAUGUCGGGCCGAUUUGGUGCAUGAAGUUUUCCAAUUGUGGGAGGUUGAUGGCCACCGCCGGGCAGGAUCGGGUCUUGAGGAUAUGGAUUAUCAAGGAACACUUUGCAUAUUUUCAGGAUAUGCGUACUAAAUAUAAUGCGGAUAAAGUAUCCCCGACGCCAUCACAAGAAUCACUAGUCUCUCACCAUUCGGGUGAAACAUCAACGUGCACGGCCGAUAUGCUGAACGCUGAGGACGCCUCAAAGUUUGUCUUCAUGCCGCGUCCAUUUUGCACAUACUCAGGACACACCAGUGACUUGCUGGAUGUGUCCUGGUCGAAAACCUACUUUAUUCUGUCUUCGUCAAUGGAUAAGACUGUGCGCCUCUGGCACAUUUCACGCAAAGAGUGUCUGUGUUGCUUCCAGCACAUUGAUUUUGUUACAGCUAUUGCUUUCCACCCGAAAGAUGACAGGUACUUUUUGAGUGGUAGUUUAGAUGGAAAGAUUCGCCUCUGGAAUAUUCCGGAUAAAAAGGUUGCAGUUUGGAAUGAGAUUGAAGGUACGACCAAAUUGAUAACCGCUGCGAAUUUCUGUCAAAAUGGUAAAUUCGCUGUCAUUGGUUCCUAUGAUGGCCGCUGUAUUUUUUACAACACUGAUCAAUUGAAGUAUCAUACACAAAUCCACGUGCGAUCAACACGUGGGCGUAAUGCAACCGGUAGGAAAAUCAGCGGUAUUGAACCGAUGCCUGGCGAAGAUAAAAUCUUAGUUACUUCCAAUGAUAGUCGUAUACGCCUGUAUGACCUGCGCGAUUUGAGUCUGUCGUGUAAAUACAAAGGUUAUGCGAAUGUGAGCAGUCAAAUCAAAGCAUCCUUCAGCCACGACGGUAAAUACGUCGUCAGUGGUUCAGAGAAUCGUGACAUUUACAUCUGGAAGACCAGCCAUGAUUAUACAAAGUCUUUGCGACGCGAUCGCAAUGAUUUCUGGGAAGCGAUCAAAGCGCAUAACGCCGUAGUCACUUGCGCCAUCUUUGCGCCCAAUCCAGAUAAUAUUAUUGAAAUGUUACGCGAAGGUGAUAAUAAUAGUAAUGGCGAACAGGAUGAAAAAGAAAAGGAUCCGAUUAUUGAGCAGCGUGAUAAAGGAUGCGGUGGGUAUGUGCUGAUAUCAGCCGAUUUCAAUGGCUGCAUUAAGAUAUUCGUGAAUAAAAUGAAGCCGAAGCACAGCUCGCUGCCGGCGUCGGCAUUAGCUUGAGUUUUCCAAGCUCACAGACUUGAAUUUAUUGCAAAAUUGAUUCAAGUUUAAAUUGUUGUUGUUUUUUUAUUUAUUAACUUUUAGUCUACAGAUGUUUUCCAAGCAGCAACGUGGAUCAAAUCAUCCUAUUGUGUCUUGUCAUUUAUUAGGUAUAUAUGAUUUUUACUAUUGUAAAACAAAACAAACUAGCGGAUAUUGUUGGUAUGUGUGCGCGUGUGUGAUACUGAAACAAAAUGUUAUAGAGAUUAUUUAAUUGUAUAAAGCGACAGAGAAGUAUAAACGAAAAUAUUCGACAAAUUACAAAAUAUAUACGGAAAUAUGCUUUAA